AUGGCAACAACUGAGGAAAUAGUCGCGCAAUACGAAGAGAUGUUUUCUAAACGAUUUACUAACGAAGAUGAGGAAUACAUGAAGACAGUGAACAAGCCUCAGGCUUCUCCUCCCUGCCUUACGGAUUGGAUAAACACUGGUUACAGAGACAGGUAAUAUUAGUCAUGGAACAAUUUUACAAUGCCUUCUUACUUCGUUGUAUAUGCCUGAAUGUAUUGUAGGUAUCGAGAAGCAAAAAUACAUUUUGUAGUGACACUGGAAGUGGACAUAAAACCUGGAAUAUCCCUAAAAAGACCAUACAAUGAGUGGAGUGAAGAAAAUUACAAGCAGAAACCCUGGCUCUCAUCCGUAAAAUGUCAUUAAUACUCUUUCUGGUUGUUUGUUUGUCUGUUUUCAUUUGGUUUGUUUAUAUGUCUUCUGGUGUGUUCCAGGCAGGGCCGUACCUAGGAUUUUUUGUCUGCGGGGGCAAACUCGGUUUUCGUGAGAUUUCGGACCAAUAUAGCUACAAGAAACAGCCCAGCAAAAUCAGACACUAUGUUAGAAAAAAAACAUUUAGUUUUCCUGGCGGGGGCAACUGCCCCCUUCGCCCCCCCGCUAUGUACGGCCCUGCCAGGUUUUCUCAGUUCAUUGCUUUCACUGUGUGUGAAAGAAAUGUGUAGAAAUGCUGUUUUUGCGCACCUAACCUUGUACCCUAAAAUCUUCUCUCGUUUCCACCAUCAAGCAUAUUACGAACUCACAAUGGCCUGCUCUCCAGUUGGCUUGUUAAGCUCAGUGGAUAGAGUGUUGCGCCUAGUCACCACAAUGGUCAAGCCUGAAUUUUUUCAGGUGCUUUUUCGAGCACUUAGGUUGUUCACUCUACUGCAAUGGUCACUUUCAUAUCUUUAUCCACAGUUCAAAAUAUUAUUCAUUUUAUAUAUUUUAAUUCAUGUCAUUUCCACCAUUGGGUAUCUUAUGAACUCGCAAUGACCUGCUCUUCUGUUGGAUUGAUAGGUUCAAUGGAUAGGGUAUUGCAUCCAGUCAUUGCAAAGGUCAGGGUUUGAUUUCUGGUCAAGCCUUAAUUUUUUCAGGUUCUUUUUCAACUGCUUACGGCAUUCCAUUUAAUUCUUUCAAGCAGGGGAUCAUGUUGACCAUCUGAGGGGUCACCAAGAUCAUGAGCUAAUUUUUUUGUUAUAUUUAACUUAACACUUAAAUGUCAUCGGUCGGGUCAGCAAGCGUUCUUUGUCAGGUCAUUGACCCGAAACCCGUCUCAUUUCUGGAGCAUUGUGCUUAGGUUGUUCAUUCUGCUAGGAAGAUCAUGAUUACUUUCAUAUCUUUAUCCACAGUUCAAAAUAAUUAUUCAUUUCUAUUAUUUCAAUUCAUAUCCAUUUACUCUGAGACAAAUUAGGGAUUGCCCUCCCCUCCCCCCUUGGAAGUAUGACCAGUUAUUAGAGUGCUCGACUACAGAGCAGUAGCAGGUCAUGGGUUCAAUCCACAUGGCCAGACCAGCACUCGGGGUCUUAAAAUUACUUGGAUUUGAAGAUCAAAUUGCUGGACCUUCACAUACUUCAAAUGGCAAAAUUGAAAUGGGGUCUUUUCUCUGGCAGGAGACAUAAAAAUAGUGUGAUCCUAGAUACAUUUUAGUACUUUUGUGCUAAGAACAUUGACAUGUAGAUGAAUAAUGUUUUUUUUUAAAUCUUCUUUUCUAGUUUUUUGUUUCUUUAAGUCUUACUUUUACUUGUUAGGAAAAUAUUGGAAUUUUGAUUUUACUUCCAACAAAGGUUCAUCUUUUUUUUGUAUUAUAAGUAAAGUUUCCCUUCACAUGUUUUUCUUUCAUGAUUCAGUCGCCAUGAGGGCAGAGGGGAUAGCAGGGGCUAUGAAAGAUCAAGACAUGACAGUGGGCGAGACUAUGGCAGGCGAUAUGGGGACCACGGAGACAGACAUGAUGACAGAUCUCGGCAUAGAGAUGAUAGGUAUUAACAUUAUUGUGUGACAGUUUAUUUAAUUGCCUCCUGAAAUGUCACAUUUCCAGAUACAGUACAUGUAUUGUUGGUGUUACUUAAAGUCAAGCUAAAGAUUUUAUUAUUUUGAUUAUUUCUUGUUUUCCAUACCAUCUGAUCAAACUUGCCAAACAUGCGGUAGUAAAUUUUUAUUAUAAUAAUUUUAUACAUGAUGAUUAUUACCAUUUUACCAGUUAUUUUCAAAGUUAGGAGGCUGAUAAUAAUAAAAUAAAUAUUGUUAUUUUGGUCAAACAUUCCAUAAGUGACCAGUACGCAAAUGCGAAGAGUUAGUGGUCGCUUAGGGGAGGUGUCACUUGUACAGUGUUCUCCUUAUCAAGUGGUAAGCGGUAAAAUUUACCGUCGAAACAACACUUCUUACCACCUGGAACCGCUUUAAGGUUUCCUAACAUCGAAUAAUUUGUGUUAAAAAAUAUGCAAGUUGUGAUCCGAUCUGAUUAAGGUAGUGAAUGAAUAUAUGGAAGUGUACUAAAGUGUACACAGCUUCUCUUUUUAUGGGCCAUGCAUUUUGGAAAGAGAGCAUUGAAGACAUUAUUGGAAUCAAACGUUUUGAAUAAUUGUUGUCUAAAGAUAACAACUGCUGAUUUUGCGUAAAAUAGGUCUUAAAAUGAGGGAAGUACCUUUCAGAGAAUGUAGCUCCUAAAUUUCACGGCGAGGUUGGAGCCAUGUCCCUCACUCCCCUACUCCCCUCCCCCCAGGAAAGUGUGCCUCUGGCACAUAUUUUUUGUCUUACCGGCCAUGAAUGGUCCCUUACCUGCUGAGCUAAAAUUUAGGGAGAACACUGCUUAUAACAGUUGGACUGCAGGAGGUGUUUUAGGAAGAGAAACCCUGACCAACUACUUUUUUGGAGAGAAUGUAUUGCAUGAAAUUUUUAGGUAAUAAUAAAUUAUUCCACGAGUGCGCAUUGGAUAUGUGAUGUUAUUAAAAACUGAAUCAUUGGAUAAUGCAAUUCUAGCAUUUUGAUUGGGUGAGCCGUUAUGGUAUAUUAUACACUUAAUGUCAGAUCCCGAGGGAAACAGUUAGUUUUGUUUUCCCAAGAGUCCUGAUGUUUCCCGAGACGAAGUCGAGGGAAACAUCAGGACUCGAGGGAAAACAAAAGUAACUGGUUUCCCGAGAGACCUGACAUUAAGUGUUUUGUUAUAUUUCUAGACUUUCACUUCAACAGCAACAAAAGAAUAACCGGAGCGAACCAAAACAGUCGACUCGGUACUUAUAACAACACAAAUUUAAUUCUCAAAACCACUGAAUGAAUGAUUUACAAACAAAAGUACUUUCCUCAUAUUAUCUGCAUCUUUUUCCUCCACUAGCUGCUGUUUUUCUUCUGGGAACUUCUGGGAUAACUUUAAAAAUCGUUGCUUUUUAGCUUGAGGCUUCGUUUUUGUGUUGUUGUGUUCAUUCACGAAAAAGAAAACUGGCUGGACCUGGCGGUGUUUUUCCCGCCUUCUGUCACGCCACUUUCCACCAUGCUUUGAUCACGUGCUGCAAUGUAUCCCGAGCGGGAUACAUUGUUUAAUGUAUCACGAUCGGGAUACAUUUGAUUUUAGUCAAGGCCACGUGACCAAGAAUCAACCAAUGGCAGUCCCUGUUUAGCUGAGUGAAAGUCUAGGAAUAUAACAAGAGCUAUUAUACCAUGCUCUCCAUAUAUGGUCGGUGUACGCGUCAGUUUAAAAUUGGAAGCUAGCUGAGAUUUUUUUUCGCGAAGGAUAGAACGGCUCCCGAAGCAAAUUGUUUUCAUUCAUUUUUUAGAAUACUAGAAAUGCAAUUUCAUCGCAAGAAAAAAGACAAAAACAAACAAAAAAGCCACAAGAGCUUGUUUGAAAGUUUGUCAAAAAACACAUGAAAACACAUGGAACUAAAGUACCUUGACCAGCUACGAAAGAAGACAAGUGUUGUUUCUUCAUGAUCGCGAAGCCAUUCGCCGAUCGAGUCACUCGCCGAUAGAUAACUGCGGCUUGUUUAUCCGACAUCAAGAAUACAAAUCACAAGUAACCAGCUACAAAUACAGGCUAUGCAGCCAUUCACUAGAGCAAUCGAGGCGGCAGUAUAGCUUCUUAUGUCGUUCAGCAAAACCAGCUGUGGCUUCAAACAACUUCAUAUCAAGCGACCGAGGUAAUAGUUUUUCUCCGUUAUUCUUACUUUUAUAACUGCACCGAAAAUCCAAAUUCACAGUAAUUUCGACGGCUGUCACUUAAAAAUUCUUUUCCUUCACAUUAUCUGCCAGGUUUUUUUACCUGUUCUGCUGUGUAAAAUCGUAGAAUCCCGAUGAGUUUUUAAAAAACUAAUGUUCAUCGCUACAAUGUUUUGAUUUUUCAUUCAUGCUGUCCAGGCGAGUCCGUUCGCGUGUUGACAGUUUUGAUAGACGUGUGACAUGUGAAUAGCAGAAGUCCCUUGUCUUUUCCGGUUUGUUCUAGUCGGGGAGAUUCAACGAGAUUUUGUGGGCGUUGUUAAUAAAACAAUUAUUCCACUCGCGCUUGUUGGAUAUGAGAUGAUAGAUAGCCAACUUGGCGCUACGCGCCUCGUUGGCUAUAAUCAUCUCAUAUCCAACGCGCUCUCGUGGAAUAAUUGUUAAUUAGAUAGCCAACAAGGCAUGUAGCCCCAGUGGAUACAAGACAAUUAUAGCCAUCUCGGGGUAUUUUUGUAUUAAAAUUGCCCACAAAAUAUCAGGGUCUGAAAUUAACUUUUUGAUAUCGUUGCCAACUGGCGAGCAAGUAUAAAUUUUUGGUUGCCGGAGGGCAAAUUGCAUUAUCCAAUCAUUCAGUUUUUAAUAAUAUAUGUUAAUCCAUUUUGUUUCUAAAAGUUCUUUUUAUACCCUGAAUAGCAAAGUACAUACAGCAAACACAAAGGUGGGCCAUUUUAUCAAUAAUUGGUUGCUUAGAAGUGGUUAAAAGCAAUGGAAAAUUUUAAAACAGUCAUCCUAAAAAGAGGCUGUGGUUGAUAAUGAGAGUUGGUCAUUUACAAGAAGUUCCAACCAUGUUUUAGAUAGGUUGUCACUUACAAGGGGUGGUCAUAGUUAGAGGUUCAACUGUAUUAGUAUUUCAGUAUAAAUGCACUGAACUUACAAAAGUCAUUUAUGAUUUCCUUUGUUAUUUGGUCCAGAUAUGGUGGACGCUAUCGCGAUGAUCGACACAGAGGAUAUGAAGAUCGUAACAAACCUGCCACAGAAUACGGCUCUCGAGGAUAUUACGAGUUCUUCUACUGAUGACUUUUGUAUUUAUGUGUGGUAACUUUUACAUGUUAUGCUGCCAAGGAGCAUAAAACUUUUAUUCACAUUGUAAAUGAAAAACUAAUAAGCAGUGUAUGAACAGUUUUCACAACUGCUGCAGAGUAGACCCUUCCACAGUUUGACUGGGACCAGGAAGUAAAAAUCCAUCAACACAGCUGGAAAAAAAUGCCUUAAAAUAUCAGCAAAGUUGCCAAGUUUGAAAGUUAUUUGUUGAAAACCACCAGAGAUGUACCUCUGUGUUACAGACAUUUGUGCGGUGCGGGCCAACUACAGACGUCUUUAAAAUUUACUUUGUAGUGCAAUAUCCUUACUCUCUGUGGACGUAUCACCUUUAAGCUUGGUAAGUUUCCCAAUUUCAAGGUGCUCUUCCCAGCAGUGUCAAUGGAUAUUUGCUUACUGCCCUUCAACAAAAGUGAAGUGGAAACUAAAAACGGUUGAAGGGUCUAUUAAUGAAAGCAUGCAUAUGUAACAUCAUCCAAGGAUGGCCUUUUUGUGUUAAUAUACCUAAAAGCAGCAAAAUUAUUGAAACUGUCAUUUUGUUUGUUUGCUUAGAAGUAGUUAUCUUGUUGAUACUUGUCAUUAUGUUGUAUAAUUGGGAUUUCAAUAAGGUACUGUGUACAUGUUGCAGAUAAUAGUCUCCUUUCGUUUUCGUUACCAUUUUUAUUUUACAAAAACCUGUCCUGUUGUCCGUGCAACAUGUUGCAUGAAAUAGAGUUAACACUGCAAGUAAGAGCAUUUUUUUAAGAGCCUGUAGGGUUUUCAUGUAAAAUUCUAGUAGCAGGAGAAAGGUGUAGCCUUACCAAAGAUUAAUUUGAAAGAGGCUCCAUGCCUAGGCUAUAGUCAUAGGCUACUGAACCGUAGCAGAAUUCUCUGAUCUCUGAUGCCUAAAGAACAUCCUAGACCUGAUAGGCUAAAUUUGCCAGUUAGAUCACUUAUAUACAAGAACCUUUUGAGCCUUAAAUUUUUGAACAGGUUCCUGUCUUCUAAGAUAAAAACAUAUGUGAUAUUAAAGAAGGACUUCAAAAUUCAUGCAAUCGAUGCUUCAAUUAUUUUUAUAUUCAUUUUCACAUAAAUACUUAUUUGGUUUGCAGAUUUUAUAUAAGGAUAAGGCUGAACACCACUAAAUUCUGUUAGCUACAAUGUAACUUUUUUCUUCAGAAAAUAAGAACCUGUUGAAGAACCUAUAAAGCUUAACCUUCUGCCAGUUACCAGUUAUGUUUACAGGGCUGUAACCCCUAACAUCAAAAUUCAAAUUCUUAUGCGUUAUCCCUUCACGUUUUCAAUAGAAGUAGUGGGGAGAAUUUGUUGAAGUGUCAGUUAAAUUCAUCUUGUGUGAUCAUUUCCUUAACUCUCAUGACCAUUCUGUUUUAUAAAGUAGUGAUAUUACCAGGAGAAAUUUGAUGCUGAUCACUCUUCGUGCUUAAAGGGUUAAGGGCCGGUCCAGCCAGAACAGUCAAGUCCUAAAUAGUAAACGUUUUCACGACGGAGACGUUUUUCUAGUAAAAACUCUUGGAACAAGCCUAUGUAAUUACAAACUGACCGAUCUGGCCGGGGUCCGGGCAGCCAGUUCUGACUUUAGGAAAGUGCCUUAUGAUUUUCAGUGUGUCCUUUUCAGUGCAUACGAUGGGGAAUGUCCUUCAAACUUUUUUCCAGUAGAGCGCCCAUUUUGAGCCAAAUUGUACCGUAUUAUCUUCAUCUCUUUAAGUGAGAAACAGUGUCCAGAUGUACGUAGCACCUCAUUCGAUGACUUUCUCUGUAUUCCAGUUUUGGAUCACUGACAAACAAUUCAACGCAUUGUGAAUAAAGGUGUCCUCACAUUCUCAUGAC